CGUUACGUCAAAAAAGGUUUUUCAAGAUUUUUGCUGUGAAAUGACAGUGGGUUGUAAUUUUGAGUUAUGAACGAAGUGUUCAGUUUUUGGACAAACUCGUCGUUUACAGAUGUAAUUUACCUUUACUGGAAUACGAUUAACGUUUAUUUAAUCGACUCCUUAAUUACAUUACGCGACAGCAAAAACAAAAAUCUGUUAUCAGUUUUUGACAGUUUACCGGAAUCUCUUUAUUUUGACGAAUUUCAGUAUUCUUUAUUUAAAGCAUUUAUACUUAUUUUGUGCGUUAACCUAGUGCUAAUAUUUAUAGCGUGGAAAGUAUACGGCAAACGUAUUUGCGAUCGUUUUAUGAAACCAGCCACUAGCAAGGCCAUCGAAGAACUAAAGGCCAGCGUAUCUAAAUUAAAAUUACCCAAAGAACACACCCCACGCAUAUAAAAUCAUGACUGACAAAAUAAAGAAAUUUUUCGCCAAGAAGAAGGCAGAUGCUAAGUUUAAAUUAGCAGGACCGGGCCAUCGGUUAAAUGAGUCGUCGACAACCAUAGUAGGACCUAGUAAACAGAAACCAGCCUAUACUCCACAAAGAUCUGGACCCAGUGAUGCUACAAGACAAGCUGCAGACGCCGCACUGGCUCGUUUCAAUAGUCAAAGUAAAAAUCCUGCUUUUAACACAUCUCUGGCGGCAAUUCAGGCACAAGUAAGGAGAGAACUGGAAGCAGAAAAGAAGAAUAUGGCUAAUCCUGAACCAGAAACACAUUCCACAACAGCACCAGCAGAUGUAGAGGCAUCACCUUACUUGGCUGUCAAAGGCGUGUAUUUCCGCUGUCCCUUAAUAAGCGAAGAGGUACUAAACAAGGAAGAAUGGAAAAUAAAAAUCAAAGAGUUCUUAUUUGACCAGUUAGAAGAAGAGCGAGGUCUAACAGCUUGCCUUAUUAUCCAGUCUUGCAAUUAUAAUAGAACAAAAGUAAAAGAUUGCGUGGACGUCUUGUGCCGCUAUCUAGAUAACAUUAUCGCUAAUCCUACAGAAACUAAAUUUCAUAAAAUCCGUUGUUCAAAUCCAACAUUCCGGGACAAAGUUCUACCUACAUUGGGAGCUACCGAUUUAUUACUGGCAGCGGGCUUUCAGCAGCAAGUCUUAGACCAUAAUGGGACUGAGGAGGAGUUUUGGGUAUUUAAUGACCAAAACAUUGAAAACCCGCAAGUUUUGGAGCUUCUUAGGGAGGCAUUAAAAUCAGAAGAUCGAGUUGAACUGGAGUUAGAUCGGAACAUACAAGUGCUUUCACCUGCUCAAGCUGCCCGAAGAUUGGAUUUACCUCAAGAUUUCUAUACUUUGAGUCCAGAAGAAUUGAAGAAGGAGCAACAACUAAGAACUGAAGCAAUGGAGAAACAAAUGCAGUUAAGAACCAAAGCAAUGAGGGAAAAAGAUGAAAUGAGAGAACUUAGAAAAUAUAAAUUUGCAAUCAUCAGAAUUCGAUUUCCAGAUGGUCUAUACUUGCAAGGAACAUUCUCAGUCUAUGAGAAAUUUUCUGAGAUUUUAGAUUUUGUGCAAGACAACUUAGAACAUGCCGGUUUGCCCUUCAUAUUGUUGGCACCAACUGGGCAUAAGUUUGAAGAGUCUGACAGUGAAAGUUCUUUAGCACAGCUCAAGUUAGUCCCAGCAGCAAUUCUGAACUUUCAAUGGGACUCUUCAAUAGCAGAUGAGUUUGCUAGAUCUGGUAACACAAGUUAUCUCAAACCGGAGGUAAUGUUGUUAAUACAACAACUGUAAUCAUAUUUUAAUGUCACUUCACCAAAAUUAUAUUUUACAAUCAGUUUAUCACUAUGCUUGUUUAUCAUAUGCAUAGUUUAAAUUAAUGCUGUUGAUAUUUAUAGAAUAUUUAUAAUUAUGUUCAUAUAAAUAAAUGUAUAUUUUACAUUAAAUUAUUUACUAGCAACAAA